AUGGUAUCAUUUGCAGGCUUAUCAGAGAUCCAAGAUGCUAUCAAUCCUCACAGAUCUUUUUUUUACAUUAUCAUGUUAACUAUAAUAAUCGGUGGAUUACAAUUAUCAUGGUGCACAGAAUUUACUGAGGGAACACCGUUUUUGUUGUCGUUGGGGAUUUCAAAGCAUACAUUAGCACUAGUUUGGAUAGCUGGUCCAUUGAGUGGUUCUCUCGGUCAACCAAUCAUAGGAAUUUUCAGUGAUAAUUGUCAAUAUAAAUCAGGAAGAAGAAAACCUUUCAUAAUUGGGGGAUGCAUAGCAACCUCUUUAUCCUUACUUUAUUUGAGUAAUUCAGUUGAUUUGAUAAAAUUAUUUUAUCCAAGGGGGACAGAUGAAAAGAUUGUAAAACGUACAACAAUUCCAUUUGCUGCGUUUGGUGUUUACCUCUUGGAUUUUUCAAUUAGUGCAAUUCAAGCUGCGGCAAGAGCAUUUAUUGUUGAUAAUGUUGCAACUCAUCAGCAACAAAUAGCGAACGCUAUGGCUGCUAUUAUGAUUGGGGGAUUUAACAUUAUAGGUUACUUUUUGGGAUCUAUAAAGUUGACAAAAGUGCUUCCGUUUUUAGGGAAUACCCAAUUCAAAGUAUUGGCAGCAUUUGCCAGUAUAGUUUUGAUAAUCUCAAGUAUCAUAUCAUUGACCUAUAUCAAAGAAAGAGAUCCAACCCAUGACGUUGUUAUCAAAGCAGAGCGGAAGAAAAACCAGAAGAGACUCAAGGAAUUAGGUAUUGAAAAUCCGACAACUGGAUGGGGUGUUCUUUUAUCGCUUUUUAAGCAAACAAGCCAUAGUAUUAGAAGGCUUCCACCUCAAGUUAAAAUUGUUUGUCUGGCUGAAUUUUUUGCUUGGAUUGGAUACUUUCCUAUGCUUUUUUAUACAACAACGUAUGUUGGUGAACUUUAUAAAUAUGAGUUUUACAAGAAUAGAGGCCCUGAUCUCCCUCCAUUAACACCAGGGCAGCUACAGGAACUACAAGAUGAAAGUACUAGAAGAGGGUCAUUGGCUCUACUGCUACAUUCAAUCACCUCUUUUGCUAUUGAUUUGUUGUUACCGCUUCUUGUUCAACCAGUUGAAAGUAGAGCUGCGGAGAGCAUUGGUGUUAAUGAAGCAUCGCUGUUUUCGGGAAAUAUAAUAUCAGACUCUAUUGAAAGGUUUCGUUUAAAGUUUUGCAGCUGGUUAACUGUCAGACGUGCAUGGUAUAUUUCACACAUCAUUUUCAUCAUGUGUAUGCUUCUGACGUUUUUUAUUAGAUCUUCCACUGCUGCUAUAUGUCUGUUUGCAAUUCUUGGGAUCACUUGGGGCCAUGCUUUGUGGGCUCCUUUUGUUCUAAUUUCAGAGGAAAUAUCUCGAAUCAAAGAGAUAAAGGCUAAACUUCAACAAGUCAAACAAGAUAACAAUGAGACUUCAACAAUUGUUAACAAUCAAGCUGCAGAACGGUAUGAAAACUUUGAGCAUGAGGCCGGAGUCAUUUUGGGAAUCCACAAUUUUUUUGUUGCAGCACCACAAGUGAUCAGUUCUUUAUUGAGCAGCUUCUUAUUUAAACUGUUAUCGUCAGGGGGUAAUGGUUCUCAAUAUGAUGAUAGCUUGGGUUGGGUGUUCAGAUUUGGAGGGCUAGCCACAAUAGGUGCGUUAUUCCUCAGCAUAAAGGUGAAGACUAAUGAACAGUUAGAGAAAGAAGAACGUGAAAUAUUUAGCCAAAUGGACGUUUGA